GUCCGAGGAUAACUCAAGACUGGACAGGAUUCUUAACAGUGUGAUUAGAAGAAUUGAUGGUUUCUAGAUAAUGGUGCUAUCCUCAACCAGCAGACCAUCCAUGGAGUCCACAACAGAUGCCCAGAGCCAUGUGAAUGGGUCUUUUUUGAAUUCACAAUCAACAGAAAUGAUCUUAGCCUUUGUUUCUCUUUUCAUCACCCUGCUGGGAACAGCUGGCAAUGGAUUUAUCAUCUGGUUUCUCAUCUUUCACUUCAAGAAGAAUCCUUUCACUGUUUACAUCCUACACCUUUCCAUUGCUGACUUGACUUUCCUUCUUUGUGCAUUCACUCUCUUAAUCGGAAUAAUGAUUAACUACAGUUCUAAUAAUGUAUCAUUCAGGAUGCAGUUAUUUCUGGUCAUUUUUGUUGUGCUGGUUCUGUUUGGCUACAAUACUGGCCUCUACCUUCUGACAGCUGUCAGUGUAGAGAGGUGUCUUUCAGUCCUUUACCCCAUUUGGUACCAAUGCCAACGCCCCAAGCAUCAAUCUGCUGUCGUCUGUACCAUGCUGUGGGUACUCUCUGUUUUUGCCACCUUAUUAGAAGGCUCUAUGUAUGUGUGGGAAAUAGAAUCCUCUUUUAGGUUUCGCAUUAUUAUGCAAAUAGUUCUGCUUAUCUUGAACUUCCUUGUGUUUGCUCCUCUCAUGGUCAUCUCCAGCUUGACCCUCUUUAUCAAGGUCCUCUGUAACCUGAAGCACCGCCAACCAGUCAGGCUUUACAUUAUCAUCAUAACCACAGUCAUUCUGUUCCUUCUCUUUGCCAUGCCUUGGAGAUUCUCAAUGAUAAUGUCUAACUUUGAAGCUAUAAACUAUGACUCUUUGAGAUUUUUAUUUCCAUAUUUUACUAUGUUAUCUUUUAUCAAUAGUAGUGUUAACCCAAUUGUCUACGUGGUAGUUGGUAGGCUCAGGAGACAGAGAACUAGGAAGUCUCUGAAAGAAACAUUGCAAAAGGUCUUUGAGGAUAAGUCACACCCAAGAGCGAGAUCAUAG